AUAUGUUCUCAAAUAGUGAUGAAGCUGUCAUCAAUAAAAAACUUCCCAAAGAACUCCUAUUACGGAUAUUUUCUUUUCUGGACGUUGUUACUUUAUGCCGUUGUGCACAGGUCUCCAGGGCUUGGAAUGUUCUGGCUCUGGAUGGCAGUAACUGGCAGCGAAUAGACCUAUUUGAUUUCCAGAGGGAUAUUGAGGGCCGAGUAGUGGAGAAUAUUUCAAAACGAUGUGGGGGAUUUUUACGAAAAUUAAGUCUUCGUGGGUGUCUUGGAGUAGGAGACAAUGCAUUAAGGACUUUUGCACAGAACUGUAGGAACAUUGAAGUACUGAAUUUAAAUGGCUGUACAAAGACUACAGAUGCUACAUGUGCUAGCCUUAGCAAGUUCUGUUCCAAGCUCAGGCACCUUGACUUGGCUUCCUGUACAUCAAUAACAAACAUGUCUCUAAAAGCGCUGAGUGAGGGAUGUCCACUGUUGGAGCAGUUGAACAUUUCCUGGUGUGACCAAGUAACCAAGGAUGGCAUUCAAGCACUAGUGAGAGGCUGUGGGGGUCUCAAGGCCUUAUUCUUAAAAGGCUGCACACAGCUAGAAGAUGAAGCUCUCAAGUACAUAGGUGCACAUUGUCCUGAACUGGUGACUUUGAACUUGCAGACUUGCUUACAAAUCACAGAUGAAGGUCUCAUUACUAUAUGCAGAGGGUGCCAUAAGUUACAGUCCCUCUGUGCCUCUGGCUGCUCCAACAUCACAGAUGCCAUCCUGAAUGCUCUAGGUCAGAACUGCCCACGGCUUAGAAUAUUAGAAGUGGCAAGAUGUUCUCAACUAACAGAUGUGGGCUUUACCACUCUGGCCAGGAAUUGUCAUGAGCUUGAAAAGAUGGAUCUGGAAGAGUGUGUUCAGAUAACAGAUAGCACGUUAAUCCAACUUUCUAUACACUGUCCUCGACUUCAAGUAUUGAGUCUGUCUCACUGUGAACUGAUCACAGAUGAUGGAAUUCGUCACCUGGGGAAUGGUGCCUGUGCCCAUGACCAGCUGGAGGUGAUUGAGCUGGACAACUGCCCACUAAUCACAGAUGCAUCCUUGGAGCACUUGAAGAGCUGUCACAGCCUUGAGAGGAUAGAACUCUAUGACUGCCAGCAGAUCACGCGGGCUGGAAUCAAGAGACUCAGGACCCAUUUACCCAAUAUUAAAGUCCACGCCUACUUCGCACCUGUCACUCCACCCCCAUCAGUAGGGGGCAGCAGACAGCGCUUCUGCAGAUGCUGCAUCAUCCUAUGACAAUGGAGGUGGUCAACCUUGGUGAACUGAGUAUUUAAUGACACUUCUAGAGUUACCGUGGAGUCUCUCCAGUGGAAGCGACCCCAGUGUUCCAGGCAAGGGUUAUAAAGUGAAGGCAGUGUCCAGCUCCCCAGAGCCACACAUACAUAUGCAUACACACCCUCACCCCCAUUCACUCUAGCUCUGUGACCAUGGAACUGAAGUUUGUGCUGGCUCUAUCAAAUGGAUUGGUAAAACUUCACCAUUCCUGUUGGACAUGCCAGAAGAAAAUCAUAGGCCAAUGUAGAGGGAGGGGGCAUUUCAGCAAACCCAGUGUUACUGGUAUGUUUUGUUAAGGGUUUCUUUGGGGAUUUCAGAACACCAACUGUAGUCCUCCAGGGAAAAGGAAAGCAUGGAAAAACAAUAUAUGAUGUAUCCAGGGACCAGAAAGAAAAUUUCUUUGCAUCCUAGAAAUGGUAGCCAUCCAUUGUGAGAUGGCUACAGAGCUGCUGUGCUUCCUUGUUACCAUGCCAACAUGCUGAGCAUGCUCACAAAGAAGGCUCUUUCAUUCCUCCCAUGUUUUAGCGUUUGGCCCAGAGGUUUCCUAAAUGCUUGCAUUGAAAUCGCUGUGGUCCAGAUGUGAUUUUCUAUUCACCCAAAUUGUCACUGACUAUAGCACACUUGUGCACCUGUCUUCCAUUCUUUGUUGGCUCCUUCCUGCAUUCUUGCUCAGUCUGUCACCUAUUCACAGUCUGCUUACUCACAUUCAAUUGUUACUCUUUUGCAGUUGUUGUGUUUACAGUUUGCAUUUGGAUGAUUAGUUGGGGUUACCAAACAUUUUUAAAAGAGACAUUAUCAAUAAAUAUUUUUUUAAUUCUUAAAAUUUUACCACUAGGGGACCCUGCCUGAAUCUUUGCCAGUCUGAGAGAAAACUAGCAAAAACAAAAAACAUUAUGAAAAGAAAUAGUUAAAACUAUUUUAGUGAAAACAAAACUUGCCUUUUGGUUUCUGUUCUAUCUUACAAUAUAUGAUAAUUUGCAUGAUAUGCCCAGUGUUCCCCACUGCACAUUUUUCCUUCUGUCAAACUCCAUAGCUUUAUAAGGAUAGAGAGAAAUACAUUGUUAGUAAAGAGUGGAGUGGCAGAUCCUAAAACUGAGUCUGAAAAUCCCAAUACCCACACACAGACAUGAAUGAAUGACAUGUUCACUGAAAUCCAGGGUGAUUCAUGGCAGCUCUGAUCUGUGUCUGUGCGGU